AUGGAGAGGGUUGAGGAUGACGAUGAUAGUGAUAUCGAUACGGAAGAAAUAAAAGGGCAACUAAAGACAAUGCAAGAUGCUCUGCAACGCCACUUUGGACAUCACAAAGACGUUGCAAGAUUAAAAAGUGAGGGGAUUUACGGUGGAAAAAAGGAGUAUGUCGUGGUAACGCCAAACCUAGCUCGUUCCACGCCCAGCGAGACAUUACUUGCCAUGCGCGAAGAGCUGGAAGCUGAGCGGAAGAGGAGAAUGGAACAGCUAACUGAUGACGGUGAUGAUGAAGAUUCUAAAAUGACAUCUGAGGCGAAAAAAGUUGUUAAUGAAGAACUGUUACAUUUGUUUGCUUUUCAUGACUCAAAAUAUCAAGUGGAAAAUGAGCAAUCUCGUCAGAAGGUCGAAGAUGCAAAGGAAAUCAUGCACGCUGAGCUGUUGCGAAGGUCUGCGCAGAAAGUCGUCGAUAAGGAAGUCGAGAAGGAGAGGAAACGGAAAUUGGAAGAGCUGGACAAGAUGAUGCGAGGGGAAGGCGAGAAUGAGGCUGAUAUUGCUGAAGCAAGCGAGAAUUUAACGAGAGUUCAAAAUGACCUCAAGAACGCGUUUAAAGUUGCCACAAAAACAAAAGAGAAUAAGGACGUUGCAACUCAGAGAAAAAGCGAAGAAAACAAAGAAAAAUUGCUGCAAGAUAUCCGCCGGAAAUCAGCCGUCUCUUCGGCGAAGGACCUUUCCAGUAAAGAACAACAGCAAAGGAUUGCGGAGUUUGAUGAGCGCAUGCGCGACAUGUUGAGUGAUAGCUCACGUGAUCUUUUAGUCAAUGUCCAGGAACAGUUAUUGGGAUUAUUCUCCAGACUGAAGAGGGAUAAACAGGUUCAGAAAGUCAUGGAUAUCGACAAGACAAAAGAGAACAAAGCUCGGAUGCAAGAGGAACUUGUUCGUACAGCUUCAAGUAAAAUGGCGGACCGUCAAGCGAAUGCAGAGCGUGCUCGCCGUAUGUCGGAGAGUAAGAGUCAGGACGAAGAUAUUGAAAGGCAGGAGACGAUCGAAAUGCUCUUGAAUGUCCAGAAACAGCUUUUGGAUACCUGUGGCCAUGUGCAGGUGGGGUCAUGA